AAACUGAGGGUGUCUCCUGGUUCAUUCCUGGGGUUCUGAGAGCUGAUGGCUGCUCAGUCACCCUUCUAGAAACUGGUUCCCUGCAGCAGUUCCACAGGAUCCCUGAGGAAGUCAGACACAGGUGGAGGUGGACACAGAAUGCAGGUGGGAGAUGGGAGGAACCAUUUCAGCCUUACUGCAGAAGUUACUGCUUGAGAUUUGUCUAAAGCCUUCUGCCCUGCUGCCUUCUGAUAGCAAGAAAUAAUUGUGCUUAAAAAGAACAGGAGAACCUUGGCUGGACAGAGCCUCACAAGUGACAAAAGCUGUGAAAGCCCAGAAAAAUCAGGCAGUAACCAGAAUCUCCUUGUGCCCAGUGGUGAAUUCUGGCCCGUGGGAGAGGCUUUGGGGCACUGCAGCCUGAGCACACCUUGAACCUACAGCAAUCCUUGCAUGUCACUGCAGGAGAGCACGACUUGGGGCUCAGGGAGAGCAGUGAGCAGACCCAGCCUGUCAAAUCUGUCACUCAGGUUUGACCCCAGGACUCCAGGGAAGUGGGACAUUGCCCUUCUGAAGCUGCAUGGCACCUUCAACCUCAGCAAGGCCAGAGGUUCCUCAGUUUUGCCAGCAUGUCUUCCUCACCCAGGUGAAAAGUUGGAAGCAGGAUAUAUCUGCACUGCUUGUGGCUGGAGUCAUUUAAAGGAAAGCUUUCCUCAUGAGCACUGGUUUGUGUUUGAGCUGGACUGCUCCCUCAGGUGCUGUAUGAAGUCCAUCUCCCACAUCCUAAAGAGCAGAGAGUGUUCCAGAGCAGUGUCAGCUUUAAAGAAACCCACCCGAGGGAGAUUCUGGAGUUGCCCUUCUGUGUCAAGGCAAGGACGGGGCCUGGACCCUCUCUGGUGUCACCUCCUGGGGGAUGGGAUGUGAGUAAGGAACGAGAAGAAGGAACAUCACAACAGAGGAUCCCCAGGAAUAUCCACAGACCUCGGCGUGGUGCUAUCCUGGCUUCAGGAGAACUGGAAAUUCAGCUGUUGAAAGUAUCAGAGAUUCCAUGUGCACUUCUUUAAGUCAUCUGUCAUUUUUCUCAACUAAAGCACGUUGGAUCAGACAUCUGACAACAGGGAGACAAGUCAUGCUCAGAAGUGCUUUUGUUCACUCUUCCCAAAAGUCCACGAAUUCCCUUUUUGCUGGGGAACGGGGUGUGACCACCAGGAACCUCUGCCAAAGCCAUGGAGCUGGAGAUACAAAUGGCAGGGGUGAACUUUGCUGGGAGUAGUAAGAAACUGAAUUGCACUUUGCAGUGUUCAGGAGGGCAAACUCUGCAACAGUGAAGGGGAAUUACAUUUUCCUGGAAGGCCUGAACAGUCCUAUCAAAACCACCAAUUGUGUAUGUGGACUCUAUUUGUGCCAGAAGGGCACAUGAAGCACAUGCUGCUUCCUUUCUCCCACUUUGAUGCAGAGCCAGAAAUGUUCUGUGAUGGAUUCUUUAUCAGCCUGUUCAAAAGAUGACAGACUCGUGGUUAUGUUCCAGGGAAGUUCUGUGGAGGAGAUCUUCCAAUCCUCCUUUUGAGUGGCUCCAGUGGCAUAAGGCUGAAAUUUGUUUCUGACUAUGAGGAUUAUGGAACUGAUUUUUCCAUCACCUACAAGGCUCUUACACCAGAUAUUCUUCCUGGAAUGGUAUUCUCCAAUUCAGCGUUCCCACUGAAAACCACUCCAGACAAUGCACUGCUUGCUCGCUCCUGCCUCUCCUUCCCCUGCCCUUCAGUGGACUCGAGAGGAGAAUUGAAGGCACAAAAGCCAGACUUCAUGGAAUCCUGGAAUGCUUGGUGUUGGAAAGGACCCUAAAGCUCAUCUUGCUCCACGCCCCUGCCACAGGCAGGGGCACCUUCCCCUAGACCGGAUCACUCCAACCUGACCUUGGACACUUCCAGGGAUGGGACAGAGCACCUUAAUAUCCACCCUGAAGAGCAUCAGGAGGGAAGCAGCAGGAGUGCAGAGAUGCAGGGGGGAGGAUCAUCCUGGAGAACCAUGAGCAAGGACAGAGCAUGCUGAGCCAGCCAUCUCCUGUUGUUUUCUCUUGCAAAGAAGAAACAGCUUCUGCUGUUUCAAAAUCUCCUGCCUGGAGGCUCCUGCACUCCAGUUCCUUGUUGGACUCUGGGCUUAGCUCCAAAUCCAGGUUGUGCUGGAUGAUUUCAAAGUCCCAGACUGAACACACACAGGGGAUGAAGGGCAGCACCAAGCUGUGCUGACCCCCCAUGGCAGGGACCCUGGAGGUCCUCACCUCACACAUCUCCAGGUAUGGAGACAACGUCCUCAAGCUGCACCAGGGGAGAUUUAGGUUGGAUAGAGAGGAAAUUCCUUCAUGGAAAGAGCUGUCCAGCCCUGGAUCAGGCUUGCCAGGGCAGUGGUGGAGUCCCUGGAGUGAUUUAAAAGCGUUGUGUUCACAAAUGGCAUCGCUCAGGCUCUGCAGGCAUCAACUCUGAUGUGCUGUGGGCAUCCCAUCCCUAAAACUCCAGGGAGAAACCUCAGGAUGGAGCCCAGGGCCUCUGGGGAAGGCUCAUUCUGUGUUCAGCUGCCUCAGAGACCCUGGGGUAACUGGUCGUGGGGGGAUGGGGUAAAACUUAAAUAUUCCAGCCACGCUAGAGGGUGGAAAUGGAAAACUUCCUGGGUUUGGCCAGGCUGAUGGAGCUUGUGGACUUCAGCUCAAGGAUCUUGCAGGUCUCCUUCUUAAGGAGCUGCUUCCAAAGUCAUCCAAUCCCAAAGGAAAUUUGCUCCUCCAGGGCUGGGCAGUGACAAACCCUUUGGUGUUCCUGUGAAGGAAGACUGCAAACACACCUGCAUUAGGAUGCCAGCCAAAGGAAAUGGAACCUCCAGUGCUCACUUUGUCCUCUUGGGAUUCUCUGAGCAGGGCAACGUCCAGGUUGUCCUCUCCGUGGCGUUCCUGGCGAUCUACGUGGUCACCCUGCUGGGGAAUGUGGGGCUGCUGCUGUUGAUCCGGCUGGUUGCCCAGCUCCACACCCCCAUGUACUUCUUCCUGAGCAGCCUCUCCUUCCUGGACCUCUGCUAUUCCUCCUGCAUCACUCCCAGGCUGUUCUGGGAUCUCCUGGCUGAGGACAAGGACGUCACGUGCCUCAUGCAGUUCUAUUUCUACGUGGCCUUCGCCACCACUGAGUGCUACCUCCUGGCUGCCAUGGCCUACGACCGCUACGUGGCCAUCUGCCGCCCCCUGCGCUACUCCCUCUCCAUGUCCCCAGGGAUCUGCGCGCUGCUGGUGGCCAGCUCCUGCCUGGCUGUGGCCACCAACGCCGCCCUGCACACGGGCCUGGCCCUCGGGCUGAGCUUCUGCAGCCCCAGCGCCAUUGACCACUUCUACUGCGAGGGGCCGCCGCUCUUCGCCCUCUCCUGCACGGACCCCGCGCCCAACGAGCUGGGGAUGUUCAUCACGGCGGGCUUCCACCUGGCCGCCACCGUCCUGGCCGUGCUCCUCUCCUACGCCUCCACUGGCGCCGUCCUGGGCGCGCGCUCGGCCACGGGGAAGCGCAAGGCCCUGUCCACCUGCGCGUCCCACCUGGCCAUGGUGGUGCUCUUCUACGGCUCCCUCGUGUCCGUGUACUCCCGGCGCACGUCCAGGAGCUCCUGGGAGCGGGACAAGGUGGCCUCCGUGUUCUACACCAUGGUGGCGCCCAUGCUGAACCCCUUCAUCUACAGCCUGAGGAACCAGGAGGUGAAGGCCGGGCUCUGGAGGCUGAUGGGGAGGAAACGCUGAGCUGAAAAAUAGUAUUUCCUUUUCUAUUGGUGUUUGCUGCCUGGUGUUUGAAUUUCAGGGAUUUAAGCCCUUCCUGACCACUUGUGUAGAGCUUGAGGACCAGGGACUCUUCAUCUGUUCUGAUUAGAGCUACUUGGGAUCAUUUCCUUCUUUUAGGGAAGAAAAAAAAGAGAACUUUUUCUCUGUAUGUCUGAUUGUGACAUUCUCUGGGUGUUUACACAUCAGGAUAUUGCAGAUAAUGUAAAAAUAAAAUGCAGCAGGAGAGUUUCAAAA